AUGGCGACGGCGGCUGCACUGAGGCGGCGGGGCCGGCGGGGCGGCGGGGAGGAGCUAGCAGCGGGCACAGCCGUGGCGGCGGCCUGUCCCGGUUGCUUGGCGGAGGCAGUGGUCCUGCCGCGCGGCCACUCGCUGGGUCGGUCCUGCGCCCCCCUCGCCGCCGAGGCGGGACCGGGCCCCGGGCCCGGGCCGCCCUCCGGGCCCUCCUGCUGCCCGCGCUGCGGCUGCCGCAGCAGCCGUCCCUCAGGCCGGGCCCGCCGCCGCCCCCGCCCCCGCCCCAGCGGCCUGGCCGAAGCCGAGCUGUGGGAGCGGCUCCACCGUGGCCGCCGCCGCCUCCGCCGCCUGGACGGGGACCCAGCCGGGGCCAGCCCUGGAGCCGGUGCUGCGGGAGCCGAGGAGCAGCGGGCCGCGGCCGCCGAGGAAGACUUUAUAUUCAGAGCACCAAUCAAAUUAAGUAAACCAGGGGAACUUCGAGAGGAGUAUGAAAGCCUAAGAAAGUUGAGGGAAGAAAAGUUAGAAGAGGAAAAAAGCUCUGAGGAUCUGAUUCACAAGCUGUUACUGGAGGACAUUGAAGCAGGGAAAAGGAGAAUGGAAGAACUGCAGAAAAAAGAUGAACCAUUAGUUCUCUGUCCUGAGCGCCUCUCAGAUUCAGAAAAUGAAGAACCUUCCCAGGGCAAGAUGACACAUCGUUCGGCAUUUGUUUCCAAGAGCAGCGUUUACUCCUUAGCUUUCCUGGCAGGAAACCUGAACUCCAGAGUGGAGAGGAGCCAGAGCUGUAAUGACACAGCCCAGGACAGAGCAAAAAGCAGAAUUCGAUCAGUUCCCAGCAGUAAAGCAAAGGUCACAGCAGUGACUCCAGCCUCCAACUCCAUUGUUGGUGUUCUCUUGUCAACCCAAAACAACCGCUGCCUCUCAGCCCCUGAUCUGACUGUGGAAAAGCGUCUACCAUUCAGCUCCCUAUCAUCCCUGUCCUCCUUACAUAAGCCAGAGCGAUCUAUUAGUCCUGAGAGCAAUGAUAGCAUCUCAGAAGAACUGAAUCAUUUCAAACCCAUUGUCUGCUCACCAUGUACCCCUCCCAAGAGACUCCCUGAUGGCAGAGUACUCAGCCCACUGAUCAUCAAAUCGACACCCAGAAAUUUGACCAGAACCUUACAGAAGCAGACCUCUUACGAGGCUAGCCCACGGAUUCUCAAGAAGUGGGAACAGAUCUUCCAGGAGCGGCAGAUCAAAAAGACCUUUUCAAAAGCAACUCUUACUUCCAUGCCUUCUGAAACAGGGGAAGACUUCCUCAUUCCUGAAGUUGUCCAUUCCAGCAAGGAGCAACCAGGAUUGGCUUUACAUGUAAGACUCUUCAGUGAGCAAGUUAGCUCAGAUCAUCCAACACUUGUCAUCCCAGAGCCGGAAUAUUUUCCCUCAAUUAGUCAAGGGAAGGUAGAAAGGGCAGUUGGUAAGAAGAGCAGUGCCAAGAUCCUGUUGGAAACUGACUAUUCCUUGGAAUCCAAAGGGAGAGCAAAUGGAGCUCUUUUGGACAGUCAGGGGUUUGAGGGAUCUGAGACGAGCACAGACUCUGACCUAGACAAAUCAUGGAUGAGCACUGAUAUGAAAGUCACCACAAGGAAAAUUAUGGCUGUUAAUCCAGCACUGCCUGAGAACAGCACACUUGGUGUGGUUCUCAAAACCACAAAAAAGCAGCUGAAAACACUGAACCAUUUUGAGCUGCCCAAUGGCACCUGUGAUAUGAUGGAAGCUAUCAGUGAUGCGCCACUCCCUCCCUUGCGUCGUGGCCGGAAAAGACACUGUAAGACCAAGCACUUAGAGCAGAAUGGCUCCUUUAAGAAACUAAGACAAAGUGUAGGGGAAGUGGGCCUGACCCCUGGGGACCCAGUAUUUCAAGAGAUGGAGCAGAAGCUACAGCAGGAAGAGGAAGAUCGGCAGCUGGCACUUCAGCUCCAGCACAUGUUUGACAAUGAGAGUAGGACAGUGAGCAGGCGGAAAGGAGGUGUUGAUCAGUACCUCCUACGGUCCAGCAGCACUACGGGUGCCAAGUAGCACUUAUGAACAAUGUUGCCUUUUUCCUAGAGGCCAAUAGGUUCAAUCAGAGAUCCUUGAGUCCACUUUUUCGCUUAGGCUGAGUGAUGAAAACACCUUGAUUAUGGAUCUGAGCCAGGGCCUUUUAGUCACAGUCAAAGGGAUUCCUUAUCCCUGCCCCUCUUCCAUGAUCAAGUCCUUUCAAGUAGGGAGCCCUCCAUACUGUAAACAGUCCAGAGGGUGUUUGGGGCCAAAGCUGGCAGGGCCUGAUUGGUCUGAGCCUUGGGCUGGCCAUUUUCAGGAGCUUGUGGCCAGAGUUUGCAAUUCCUCCCCUUCUCUAUGCCCCGCAACUUCUCUCUCUCUAUUUUAAAAACGAGUGAAGAAAAUGGGUUAGCUUUGUGGAAACUAUAAGACCACCCAAUUCAUCCUGGCUUUGUUUAAACCAACCUUGCAGAUAGAAUGAAUACUGUCCUGAACAGUUAAUUGAUAAUUUAUUUCUCUUUGACCUUGAAACUCAUAAUUUUAAAUUCCCCUCCCUCCUGUCAUCUCCUUCCCUCUCCCAUCCCCAAAAGUAUAUCUUUCUAAUUGAGUUGGCUCUGGGUAAUUCUAAAAUAUCAGUAGCAAACAUUUUUUUAGGCACUACUAUAUACAGAACACUGUGUUUUAGCUAGGGAAGAUGGAAAGUUUAGAGAGAUGGUCCUUAUCCCUCAAUGACCUUAUAAUCAUGUAGGACUGGAUAAAAUUAAUUUGUAUUCCCUUUACACAUAAACUAGUGAUUUCAUAGCAUCCAGGGAGCAGCAAGAAUUAGCUAAGAAUCAUUCACAAUUAAGCACUGAGAGUGAGUAUGAAAAAUCUACUGGCCUCACAGCCUUCCCAGCCUCCAGGUUACCUGUCUAUAAGUUGAGAGCCAUUCUCACUGACUCCAUAGCACUUGGUUCUCUGCAAGGUUGAUUUAACUUAGACUUUUAAAUAAGAAUACUGUGUCAAAAUCAGACAACUGUAUUUAUUGAGCACUCAUUGUGAACCAUUGAAACAAAGAAGUUGAUUAGGCUAUAACCAAGAAUUCUGAUAUCUGUGACCCUUUAGGGGUCUGUUUUUCUCUAAAGCACUGUACUACAUCUCCUUCCUCAUAGUAGCCAGUAUUUUUUCCCUUCAGGGCUCACCCAAGCUUAGGGAUUAGUGUUCUUUCAGGUCAUCUUAGAGGACUUUGUUUUCCCUAUAUACAUACAAGGUGUGACUUCUAAGUAAUGCAACUGAUAUUUAAAAAACUAACAUGUCCAAAAAUAUCUUUAUCCUCUUCAAAACAACUUCUUUGGGAUGCUGGUUUUGCUCAAUAUUUUCUGGAACUCUUUUUUGGAAAUUGCCUUCAGGUUCUAUAGAAGAUACUCCUCCCCCCCACCCCCCACCCCGGUCCUCAUGGUUGCCAUAUCUUCAUUCUUUGAGAAUGGAUUUUUGUCUUUGGAAAUAGUUAAAAGUCACCAUAUACAGCCAAAUGUGGUAAAUAAGGUAUGUGGUCAAGUUGAAUAAUCACCUGUUCAGAUUACAUAUGAGGUAAUACUAAGAAAGGAAUGAGAUUGAUCUUUUUGAGUGGCUUGAAAAUUAGCCCUGAAGGUCUCAAGAGUUGUGGCAAUUUCACUGGAAUAAUUGUAUAGCCUUUCAGAGGGAUUAGGUUUAAGGACAUUACUCAUUUGGAUGGCUAAGUUCUAGUAUAAUAGUUUUUUUAAAAUCAGUUUUAUUACUUUGUGGUCAUGCUUUGUAUGAUCUAGGUCCAACUAGUCACUAGUGACAUGAUGCCUUUUUAAAGACUACCUGAGUGACAGUGUCCAUGAUGAAAUAGUUAGAAGUGGUCUGGAAAGGACAGAAAAGUGGCCCUUCCCUCUUCCCUUACAACCCCCACACCCAAUACACACAUAUACUUAGAAAAAGCCAUCAAUUACUGCCAUUAGUAUACUUCCAGUCUGCCAUUUGUAAGUAUUAAUGGAAGGUUAACUCUGUUGGUAGCAGCAAAGACACACUUAUUUUUCCGUUUUAUCACUUCCUUCUAUAUGUCCAAGAAUCUGAAAACACUUUUCAGUUGGGACUCACUUUUGUUUAAAAAAAAAAGGAGAAAAAACUAAAAAGAUAAAAAGAAAAUAUUUUUAAUAGAUAAAGCUAUAUAUUUUCAAUAUUUCCCUGAAUCAACACUCUCAUUUUUAGAAAUCUCAUAGCAUUGACAACAGAUUUUGGCUCUAGCCAGCAAAGCUAUUUCCUGUUAAGCCAAUGCCUCAGGCCCUGGUGUGGUCUCCCAGUCUGGUACUUAGAAUGGCAUUGGCCAUCAUCAACGGUUUGGGAAACAACUGCUGAGGAGAGUUCCCCACAUUUAAGUAGAGUGGUAUCACUUGAGGAACAGAUUAUAUUCCCUAUAUCUGCUUAGCUUGGGGGGUGGGGGUGGGGGAGGGACAUGGGAAGAACACAACAACCACAGACCCUGUCUCAGUAUUGUCUGUAUUUUACAUUGCUCUCUACCUUUUAAAAAAAGUUCCUUGGAAGCCGAAGCUUGAACUAUUUCUUUUCUGAAACUUGCCCCUCAUUCACUUGACUGGUUUAUUGUGGAUUUGCAUCAAAAUCGAGUUGCUAGUCCGAACUCUCUUUUAACAAAAUGAAAAGCCAGACAGAAGAUGGGGAACUUUGUGAACCAGAAAUGAAAAAGUACACUUCAACAGAAAUCUGUUUUUUACAAAUCAGCAGGGCUCAACUCAUCAUGCAAGUUUCCCUCUGCCUUUAACUCUACUUCUGAUUGGGGGUAGGGGAUGAUUUUGAUUAGAAGUCCAGAAAAUCUGAGACUUGCAAAAGGUGCCUCACUGGCCAAAACUGGGAAGAUACUUGGGGAGAGUACCCAUGACCUGUUGAUUGUAUAUGUUGGAAGAAGUCAUUUAGAGCCCUGUUGGGCUGUCAUUGAAUCAGGCAAUUAUGUGUUCUGUCACUUGCCCAGUUCUUUGGUCUCUCUACGUUUUCUUUCCCUAAGCCAGGCAGGCAGACCUGUAUGAAGCAACUUGAUUUUCUUCAUACCCUGAGGGGAAAAAUUCCUGAUACAUGCCAUCUCCAGAUAUAUGUUAAUUGGACCCAAAGGAAAAUUGCCUUUCUUUGAUUUCAGCUGCUCAAUUGUUAUCUAACUGAAUCCCAAUGACUAAGACAGAGAGCCAACAUUUUGCCUGGGUGACACAGUGAUGACUGAAGGUUAUACUCUUCAGCUUUUGAAUGUAUUUGUGACCAGAGGGUUUGUGGAUCAUCUUAGGGGAAAGUCCGUUCUUUCAUAGGAGUGAUCCUGAAUGGGUCAGUUAAGGACAUUAUAUGGCGCUUUGCACAUAGUAGGUGCACAAUAAAUAUUUGCUUUGAUUCUGUUUGGAAGCUUC